UGCAGGUAAAGCAAAAUAGAUUCGUGCUGUGGUACACAACAAUAUAAAAAAAAUAUAGAUACACACAAUGAAAAUUACGUCCUUACGCGUCACUGUGAAGUAAAGUUUAUCAAGAAAAUGACAAACAACAAUCCAGGAGAGCAAUAUUGCUGGACAUCAGGACAACAAAAUACUGAAUACUAUUCUAACCCCACGAUUCCCUACCCUCCACCUGAUUUCUCACAACCACCGCCAAAUUUCCGAGUGCCUCCUCCUAAUUACCAAAAUUAUCAACACAAUUCAUACGAAAAACCACCCAGUGAUAUAUACGGUCAACCCGCAAGUGGAAGUUCAUGCCAGAAUUACAACAAUUACGCGUCAUACACGUAUCAAGGUUAUGCAGAGAGUUCAACAUCGCCUGGUAGCUUGUAUGUACCCUCUACCAACGAUGAGACACAGCAGUUUCGAUGGGUCCAAUGCCAGUCAAGUAAUGUCAGUCACUGGAGCAGAAGUCAUGGGGAUUCCAAUCAAUCAUUAAACAAUGAUUCACCUAAGAUUGGCAGUUGGAAAGGAAGGACUGAUCCUAGUGACUGGAGUUUGCAAUGUGCUGGAGCAGUAAAACGUAGUGAUUAUUCAAAACAUGGUGAUAAUAGCAAUAGAUAUGAUAAAUCACGGAAAGACUGGCGUGGUCAUGAGGGAAAAUCGUACGCUAAUAAGCACUGGUCCAAGGGCUCUGAUCAUAUAUCAUCUGCUCAUUAUAAGGGAUCUAACCCUCGAGGGAUGCCAGUGGACAGAUACAGGAAAUUAGACAGGAAUCAUUAUUACAAGAACGAGGAUUACCGGAGGACUUCCUUGAGGGAUCAUUCAGCGUCGCGCGAAAGGACACGAAGUAGAGAUAGAUCGAUUGUCAAUGAGAGGUCUAGGAAACGAUCACGAUCGUUGGAGUCCGAUCCUUCCAGGGGUUCAACGUCGAUAUCAGCUGGUUGUAGCAAAGGUGUAGCCAAACCAAAGAGGGAGCUAACUGAGCGAGAGUUAUUACUGGAAAAAUAUAGGCGAAAUUACUGUGCAACAAGUCGUGAUAUUGAGAAAAAAAUGGAUGAACUGGGCCCCGACGGAAUUCUAGAGUGUGAGAGAAAGGCUUGGACUCGAACAGCUCCAGCUGAUCUUUAUUAUAACAGGGAUGAGAAUAAUCCAAGAAUAAUGAAAGGGACACCUAAGCUUCAAGAAUUGUGUGGCAUAUUUAAACGAGCCCUGUUAGACAGAGCAGCGAUUACACGAGCAAGUCAGUCUCCAUAUGAGCCGCCAGUAAGAAAAACCAGAAGACGAGUUUGCAGGCACAAAUCAGAGAUAUGCAGCAGUGAUAGUAGUUCUUCAGACGGUGACAGUUCUAUGGAUGAAGUUGACAGGACUAUGGAAGAGCUGAUGGCCAAGAAGGAGCAUCCACAAAGGUUGCACAAGGAAAUGUGGUUCAAUGAUCCUGGUGAAAUGAACGAUGGUCCUUUGUGCAGGUGCAGUGCCAAAUCGAGAAGAUCAGGCAUCAGGCAUGGUAUUUAUGCUGGUGAAGGUAUGAUAAAUCGUUGUGAAUUGAACUCCAACAAUGCCGACAAAUUAUUCCAUUAUAGAAUAACAAUAAGUCCUCCAACAAAUUUUUUGACUAAAACGCCAACAAUUAUCAAACACGAUGAGCACGAGUUCAUAUUCGAGGGUUUCUCAAUGCUUUCUCAUUUUCCACUUGUCAAAUUGCCCACAUGCAAAGUCAUCAGGUUUAAUAUCGAAUACACUAUUCUCUACAUUGAGGAAAAAUUACCAGAGAAUUUCACAGUACAGGAAUUGGAUUAUUUCCAGAAUUAUCUGUUCAAGGAAAUAUUAGAACUGAUGGACUUUGAUUUGCAUCCAGCGCAAGAUCGAACUGGUUGUGGACAAUUUCACUUUAUGCCGCGAUUUGUCAGAGAUUUACCAGACAAGGGACAAGAAAUUUUAUCAAUGAAUGAGGUAUUAAAUUAUUUGAUAAAAAGUAGCACGAAAUUAAUUGAAGUCCAAGAUCUUCCGAGGCUUAUUGAAAUGCCCCAAUACAAGUGGCAAAAUUUUGCUGACGAAGUCAAAGGAAUGGUGGUUACGUAUCCGGGAAAAAAACCAUGCAGUGUUAGGGUAGAUCAACUUGAUCGAAAUCAGGAGGAUGAGCAACCCAACGAUGGAACUAUUUAUCCAGCAAUUGUUCACUUUGGAAUCAGACCCCCUCAGCUUAGUUACGCUGGUAACGCUGAUUACCAGAAAGCCUGGAGAGACUAUGUUAAAUUCCGUCAUCUCUUGGCCAACAUGCCGAAACCUUCCUUUGAAAGUAAGAGGAAAUUAGAGGCUAAAGAGAAUAAACUCCAAGAGUUGAGAACCCAAAGUAAAAUGAAGAGAGAUGUGACUGUCGAUAUGAGCUCCGAGGGUUUCUACCGAACUGGAAUAAUGUGUGACAUUGUUCAGCACGCCAUGCUAAUUCCUGUACUAGUCUGCCAUCUACGAUUCCACAAAUCAUUGGACAAUUUAGAAUGCACACUUAAAUACAAAUUUAAGAAUAGAUAUUUAUUACAAUUAGCGCUGACGCAUCCUAGCUAUCGAGAGAAUUUUGGAACAAAUCCAGAUCAUGCGAGAAAUUCACUAACAAAUUGUGGCAUCAGUCAGCCGGAGUACGGAGACAGACGAAUUCACUACAUGAAUACUCGGAAACGAGGGAUCAAUACUUUGAUAAAUAUUAUGUCAAGGUUUGGUGCAAGAAGAGAAACAGAAUCGUCAAUUGCUCACAAUGAGAGACUGGAGUUUCUUGGAGAUGCUGUCGUUGAAUUUUUAUCUUCAAUUCACCUCUUUCACAUGUUUCCAAAUCUCGAAGAAGGAGGCUUAGCUACUUACAGAGCAGCCAUCGUCCAAAAUCAACAUCUAGCGGUUCUAGCUGAGAAAUUACACCUGGAACAGUAUAUGCUGUACGCCCAUGGUAGCGAUCUUUGUCACGAUUUGGAGCUAAAACAUGCUAUGGCGAAUUGUUUCGAAGCCCUUAUGGGCUCAUUGUUCCUAGACGGGGGUAUUGAGGUGGCUGACAGAGUAUUCGGUGAAACUCUGUUCCAAAAUGAGUGUGAUUUACUCUCAGUCUGGGUGAAUUAUCCAAGGCAUCCCCUUCAAGAGCAAGAACCAAUGGGUGAUAGGCAGUGGAUCUCCAGCUUUGAAUUCUUGCAAAAGCUCACAAAAUUUGAGGAAACUAUCGGAGUUGAUUUCACCCACAUGAGAUUACUAGCAAGAGCGUUCACAGAUCGAAGCAUCGGUUACACUAAUCUGACACUUGGCUCCAACCAGAGAUUGGAAUUUCUUGGUGAUACUGUUCUCCAACUUAUCGUCUCCGAAUACCUUUAUAAAUUUUUUCCUGAGCAUCAUGAGGGGCAUUUAUCGUUAUUACGAAGCUCUUUGGUGAAUAAUAAGACACAGGCUGUCGUUUGUGACGACUUGGGGAUGACGCAGUAUGCACUAUAUGGAAAUCAAAAAGCAGAGCUCAAGACUAAAGACAGGGCAGAUUUACUGGAGGCUUUUCUCGGAGCACUGUAUGUAGACAAGGGCUUGGAUGCCUGUAAAGUUGUCUGCAAUGUGUGCUUCUUUCCUCGUCUUCAGGACUUUAUCAUGAAUCAAGACUGGAACGAUCCCAAAAGUAAACUUCAGCAGUGUUGUCUGACAUUGAGAACGAUGGAUGGUGGGGAACCUGAUAUUCCUGUAUAUAAAGUCAUCGAGUGCAAAGGCCCCACCAACACAAGAGUCUACACAGUGGCUGUAUAUUUUCGGGGAAAAAGACUGGCGAAAGCUUCUGGGCACAGCAUCCAGGAAGCUGAGAUGAAUUCAGCUAAAGAAGCUCUGGAAAAGUCUCAGGACCUUUUCCCUCAACUCGAUCAUCAGAAGAGGGUCAUCGCGAAGAGUGUCAAGAUGCAACAGUGGCCAAGAAGGGUGCGGACGAGGUCGAGGCAUUCCGACAAAUCUGAUGAUUCCGAUUCAGUCGUUCCAAGCAGAAAGCGGAGGAGCAGAAGUAAGGAUAGAGCGGUGGACAGGAUUGAAAGGAGCGACAGAGAUGAUCAUCGGAAGUCUCGCUGCACUUAUGAUUAGGGACACCGGAAUAUAAUUUCUUUGAAAUUAUAAGAUAAUUUCCAAUUUACAAA